GAGUGCGUGAAUCAUUAUAAAAACCUUGUAAAGAGGAUUAAAAGCCAUGGCAGAUGCAUCUACAACAAUUAGCGAAAUAGAAUCGACAGAGGAAUAUGAAAAGCUUAUUUCUUUAUGUGGAGAUCAAGUACUUGUGUUAAAUUUUUAUGCAGAAUGGGCAAAUCCAUGUAAAUAUAUGAAUAAUGUUUUUAAGGAGCUUUCAAUUAAGUUUUCUAAUAUAAAAUUUGCAAAUGUCAAGGCUGAAGAGCUUGAGGAAAUAUCAGAAUCAUUUGGGGUAACAGUUGUGCCAUUUUUUGUGAUUUUACAGUCAGGAAAAGUAUUGGGGAAGUUAUCUGGAGCAAAUCCAUCAGAAUUGACAGAAAUGGUUACUCGAUUUUCUACACAAUUACAUUUGCCGUUGGAGAAGCAGGGAUCGGGAGUAUCAACACAGGAAGUCGAAGGAAAAAGUCACAAUUUAUAUACAACACAUGAAAAGGACGAAAAUAUUGAUUUAACAAGUCGAUUAAAGAAAUUAGUUGAAGCAGAACCUAUUAUGCUUUUUAUGAAAGGCACACCAACAAAUCCUCAAUGUGGAUUUAGUAGACAGAUUGUAAAUAUUCUUAAUGAACACCAUAUUAAAUAUGGUUUUUUUAAUAUUCUUGCGGAUGAAAGGGUCAGAGAAGGAUUAAAAGAAUUUUCAGACUGGCCUACUUAUCCACAAUUAUAUAUUCGAGGAAAUUUUUGUGGAGGGCUUGAUAUUGUUCGUGAAAUGUUUAAUACAGGAGAAAUUCAACAACUUCUUCAACAAACAGACAUAUUAUCUACUUAAACUUUAUUAUUUAAAAAAUAUAUUUAUUAUAAUUGCAACUAAAACA